GUCAAGUAUUUCAGCCGCACCGCACCAUACACCUGCUCCCGUCCAAACAUUUCCCCCAAAUCCCCUCGAACCCUAGCCGCCAUGUCCUCCCCUCGAACCCUAGGCACCCCUGCCUUCCCCUCGAGCGUAAGCAAUGGCCGAUCCAGACACCGGCCGCGCAACGCGAGCAGCAGCCCGAUCGAUCCAGCCACCGAUGGCGCGUCCCCUCGAGCGCGAGCAGCGGCCGAUCCAGCCACCGGCAGCGCGUCCCCUCGAGCGCGAGCAGCGGCCGAUCCAGCCACCGGCAGCGCGUCCCCUCGAGCGCGAGCAGCGGCUGAUCCAGCCAUCGGCGACGUAGCGCGAGCAGCGGGCCAUCGAUCCAACCACCGAUGGCGCGGCGCGAGCAGGGGCCCGAUCGAUCCAGCCACCGGCGACGCGACGCGAGCAGCGGCCCAAUCGAUCCAGCCAUCGGUAGGGAGGUGCGAGCAACGGCUCGGUCAAUCCAGCCACUUGCGGGGCGGGGCGAGCAACAGACGGUCCAACCACCGAGGGGCGGCGCAAGCAGAUCUUCCUGCUGUCCAUCGCUCCUGAGAAGAACGACGGGUCGACAACCACAGGACCCUCCUGCCUCCUGCAGCUGCAAUAUUGGCUGCACUCCUGUAGGUUGCAGCACGCCUUUCCUCGAGCGGCACACGUGACUGGCAUCUCGACGCAGAUGGCAAGCAACGUCCGGUGGAACAGCUCCAGCAGGAGGCAAACAACGGCAUUCUUCUUCGUCGUGGGAUCCUAAAAAGUAGUCUGGCAUGAAGCUGUGACAUGCUCAUGUAUGUGCCCUGCACUAACAACAGCUACACUCCUAAGGGGAUGUAAUCGAACAAAAGGAUGUUCUAAAGCACCCAGAAGAAGUAGAGGACAGGACAGGAGGAGGGAACAAGAAGCUUCGUUUAUCAUUGAUGUUAUAUGUGAUCAACAAAAACUUGUGCUUCUCAUCCAAUCUUUGUCGAACUAUGUUGAUGUGUGGUUAUGCACUUGUUGGGCCCUUUUGCUGUGCACCUGUACUUGUAGAACUAUUUUGUUGUGCACUUGUUGGGCUUUGAACUUUUAUGUGUAGAGGAGUCGAUGGAUGAUGUAUUGUAAUUCAUGUGAUGUGUUACUGAAAUGAAAUAUAUACAACUAAUUUAUAA